AUGUCUACCACAUUUUCACCGAUCCUUUGCUCCGCUGCUCCAGCAAACUCAAGGAAACCCGAUCCGUUUCGUAAAUCGGCGGCGGGUGCCAAUUCGAACAGCUGGUGGACGCCGAUCUUCGGGUGGUCUUCUGCACCCGAUUACAUCCAGGGAUCCGGUACUAGUUCUUCCAAGAGCGAAGAUUCGGGCCGGAUCGGGUACGAAAUGGGAAGAUCCAGAUCCGACAAGUUAUUCCGGGGAUGUUUCACGGCAGAGAAGGCGAAGGAGCUCAGGAAGAAGACCAUUGAGACCUCGACUUUUCACGAUAUUAUGUAUCACUCUGCAAUCGCCUCCAGGCUUGCGUCCGACGUUUCUGACCGUUGA